GUUUGCGUUGUCUGACGUCAAAUGUCCAGGCGCCAUGUUUACUUCGUUUCGCUGGCAGUUUGCCAUUAGAGUGCCUAGUGCGAAUCGAACGGGCGAUCACUAUCAGCUCACAACAUAUAUCAAGUGCCAAUUAAAUUUGUAGAAGGACGUAAAGAGUCUAUCUAAUUCUAAAACAUGACUAUUCUUCCAAAGAAGAAGACAACAAAGGAUAAGAAUGAUCCAGAGAAUACGGACCAUAGCCACCACCCGUCCUCAAACGAAUCUAGACACGAAAAAGUGGGACGUUCUAGAAAUUCUCCCACCCGAUGGCUUCCUGCUUCCACUUCUUUCGAAGAUAAACGGGAUUCAGGUGGCAGCUCAUACGAUGGACACGAUAAUAACCCAAACCACAACAAAAGACGGCACAGGUCAUCACCACAUAGGAAUGUACGUAAACAUAGACAUGAUCCUCGCGGGGGUCAUCACCCUCCGACAUCAUCUUCGUCUCACGUUGUAGUUGGCGGGAGUGUAGUGCCUGGAGCAGGCCCUGUAGGGGUUGGAGUGGCCGGUAGUGGCUCCCCACCUUCUGAAUAUGAUUCCAUGAACGGCGGCUACAACAGUGAAGAUGAGCAUGCAACUCCUGGACGCCAAUUUCAAGACAAUACAGACGAGUUGGAGCAUUGGUUUGAAGCAACACUGAAAGAAAAAAAAGGAUUUACAGUGAAAAAAAUGGGAGAGGAUGGUGCUUGCCUAUUUCGAGCAGUUGCUGACCAAGUUUAUGGAGAUCCAGAAAUGCAUUCUGAUAUAAGAAAAACCUGCAUUGAUUAUAUGGCAAAAAAUGUAGAUUACUUCAAACAUUAUGUUACAGAGGAUUUUAACACUUACCUAAAUCGUAAAAGGAAUGACAAUUGUCAUGGUAACCAUGUUGAAAUGCAAGCAUUAUGUGAAUUAUAUAACAGACCAAUUGAAGUAUACCAAUACAGCUUAGAUCCUAUCAACACAUUUCAUUCUUCUUAUAAAACGGACAAUGAACCAAUAAGAAUAAGUUAUCAUAGAAAUGUUCAUUAUAAUUCAGUUGUGGACCCAUAUAAAGCUACCAUAGGUGUAGGACUUGGAUUACCUGGUCUUCAACCUGGGUUAGCUGAAAAGAAUCUAAUGCGAGAUGCUGUAACACAAUCAGAAGAUUUUCAUAUUGAAAAAGCUAUGUUAGAAGAUAAAUUACGUGAAACUGACUGGGAAUUGACUCAAGAAACAAUUGAAGAGCAGGUGGCUCGAGAAUCAUAUUUGCAGUGGCUUAGAGAUAAUGAAAAGAGAGCUAAAAUUCAAGGCCCAGCUAGAUCUGCAAGUGCAACAUGUAGCUCCGCCAGUGAAUAUUCUCUAAAUGGUCCAGAAACAGUUGCUUCUCCUGACUGUGGCCGUCUUGGACGUUCACCCCGCAAUCGUAGUGCUUCAAACUCCACUCAAAGUAGUCCCAAUGCUGAAGAAAGCUCCCAUGAACAACAACAGUUACAGCAACAACAAAUGCAGCAACAGCAACAACAGCAACAGCAGCAACAGCAACAACAACAACAGCAGCAGCAACAACAACAGCAGCAGCAACAUUGUAGUCCUAAUCGGCCUGUUGACUUAGCAUUGCAUUCAGGAUGUCCUAAAUCGCCUCAACUUGGCAGUGAACCUCUUCUUGGUGCUGCAGCUGGUGCAACUGCAAGUUGCACUUCUAGUGAUAUGGCUACAGGUGGUUUUGAUGAAACUGCAUCUUUAAUGAAUCACUUGCCACCAACUAUGUUUGGUCUAACAGAAUGGGAAGAAGAUGACAUCCUUGCACAAGUGAUUGCUCAGUCCCAACAGGAAUACUUUGAUAGUUUAAAGAAAAAUGCUGCUUCAACGUCAGUUUGUGAUAAUGCCAGUUUUAACAUGGACCAAUCAACACAUCAUUCAAGUUAACAUAGGAUUGCUUACUUGCAUAGGCACAAAGGCAGAACCUAUGUGUGCAAAAUCUAGAUACAUCCAGUACUUUUUAAAUGAUGGAACUUAACAUCAGUUUAGAUAAUUUAAAAAAAUCUGCAGUCUUUUCUAUGAUAUAAGAUUGUUGAAAUUCCAUAACAUGUUCAUUUAUAAUGAGCUAUUUAUCUAUGCCUGUUUCUCUUUCUUUCCUAAAUAUAUAUAGAUUUUCUCUGUG